AUGUCCUCUCCUCUGGAAGGGCCCAAUCCCCUCCGCCCCUAUUAUUUCCCCCCAUCUUUGGGGUUGGACACCGGCCAUGCUGCUUCCCCUCCAGAUGCGUCAUCCUCGGCCACCCAAGUCUUUGGCGGUUCCGCACGCGAUCUACUGCCCGAUAUCGAUUAUUCCGACUACCUCGAAAGCUCUCCCUCAGUCUCCAGUUGGAUUCGGGAUGCCCUGGACCAAGCUCUCUGGCGCUACACCAGUGUCCUGACCUCACAGCCGUUCGAUGUCGCCAAAACCAUCCUGCAGGCCUAUGUUGCGCCCGGCGAUGCGACAGACGGCCCACGGGCUAUGCAUGAUCGCCGAGCAUCGGGUCCCGAAAGCCGUAUUGAUUCCUACGAUGAAGACGACUCCUUGUCGUCGGAUGACGAAAGCAGUUAUUUUACUUCCGCAGCACCUGGCGCAGCCUCCCCCUCAGCGCCCCGAUCUCGCAAGCCUCACCGUCGCCAUAUCACCGAUCGAAGCGGCUACAUUCCCUCCACGACCUCAUCAAGACAUGCCCUCGCUAUUAAGAACCCGAGCUCGCUCAUGGAUGUCCUUUCGCAACUGUGGACUACCAGUGGCCCGACCUCGCCCUGGAAGGCGACCAAUGCCACCUUCAUCUACUCCCUUCUCCUGCCCACCCUGAAUACAUUCAUCCGCAGCUUGCUCUCCGCAAUUGUCGGCUUGCCGGAGGAGGAUGUGACUUCCUCGAUGACAGCCGACAUCCUGACGUCGACUUCCCCGGUGGCGACGCUACUCUUGUCCUUCAUCUCCUCCUCAUUGUCGGCAAUGCUCCUCUCCCCGAUUGAUACCGCGCGAACGUUCCUUAUCUUGACGCCGGCUACGCAUGGCCCGCGCUCCCUGCUACGAGCUAUCCGCCAAAUCCCGACUCCCAACUGCACCAUUCCGUCUCACCUGGUGCCCAUCACCGUCCUCCACUCCAGUCUGCCGAACUUCAUCACCAACACGACUCCAUUAAUUCUCAAAUCGUAUCUGUCUCUCGACCCCGUGCUCAAUCCGUCCAUCUGGAGCCUGUUCACCUUCCUGAGCUCCGGUCUAGAAUUGGCGGUCCGGUUCCCGCUCGAGACUGUACUCCGCCGCGCCCAAAUUGCAACAUUCACUUCCCCCAGCAUCCGCCAGCAAUCAAGUCGUUCAGUGCGCGCUGAAACCUCCGCGGACGAGGAACAGACCUCGGCAAUCGAGACCAUCGUCCCGACCCCCCAGACCUACCGGGGUAUUGUGGGCACUAUGUGGGGAAUUGUCUACGAGGAGGGAGUGCAAGCCACGCCGGAAGUUGAGCGGGCGCGCCAGCUGCUCAAGAAGCCCGUCACUCAGCGCAAACGGCAGGGCCAGGGAAUCCAAGGUCUCUACCGAGGCUGGCGCAUCGGCAUGUGGGGAAUCGCUGGUAUCUGGGGCGCCAACCUACUUGGCACGGUCGGCGUGGCCGGCGACGACGAUGCUAGGAUGAGCGGAGGUCGAUUCUAA